GCAUUUAAGGCCGAGCGCCCGGCGCAGAGCAGCAGAGGAGCGCUCGCUGCAAACACCAUCGCCUGCAUCCCACGGCUCCCGUCCUGCCCCCGCGAUGCUGCCCGCCACCUUCAAGCUCUGCGCUGCCAUCUCCCACCAGCACCUGCGCAACAUGACCGGGCUGAGAAGACAAGCUGCGGUGGCCAUCAGCCAGGAGCUGAGCAAGCUCGCCUGCCGCAGGACGGGACCCAGCUCGUGGAUCAACCAGGUUCGCAGGAGAAGCUCUUUGCUCAGCUCCAGGCUGGAGGAGAACCCCUUCAGCGAGAUGGAAAUGUCUUACAUCAAGCAAGGAGAGGAAGCCCUCCAGAAAUCGCUCAGCAUCCUUGGGGACCAGGACGGCUGGAAGACGGAGACGGUGGUGAGUAACGGCGACAAAGUGCUGAGCAAGGUGCUCCCAGAUGUGGGCAAGGUGUUCCGACUCGAGGUGGUGGUGGACCAGCCCCUGGAUGCGGUGUACAGCGAGCUGGUGGACAACAUGGAGCAGAUGGGAGACUGGAACCCCAACGUCAAGGAAGUCAAGAUCCUCCAGAAGAUCGGAAAGGACACGGUGAUCACCCACGAGAAGGCGGCCGCUACCCCCAGCAACAUUGUCGGGCCACGGGACUUUGUGAGCGUCCGGUGCUCCAAGAGACGCGGCUCCACCUGCGUCCUGGCCGGCAUGGCCACCAAAUACAGUGCUAUGCCGGAGCAGGACGGGUUUAUAAGAGCUGAGAACGGUCCCACCUGCAUGGUCCUGCGCCCACUGGCCGGCAGCCCCUCGCAGACCAAGCUAACGUGGCUCCUCAGCAUCGACCUGAAGGGUUGGCUGCCAAAGACCAUCAUCAACCAGGUCCUGUCCCAGACACAGGUCGACUUCGCCAACCACCUCCGGGGCCGCCUGGCCCGCACCAUGGCCAAGAGCUGCUGACAGCACAGUCCUGCAACGCCUCCUUCGGGGGAAAGCAGGGAGCCUUGUACCAGGGCAAUUAAUUACAGCCUCUGCUAAUUAGCCAAGGCCUCUAAUAAUUCACUAAUUAAUGAAGCUGUAUUUAUUGAAAUUAAUUAGUUAAGGAGAUUGAAAGGGCCCGACUGGGCCAGCGCAUGCUCAUUGUGAAAUGCAGGACUGGAAAAUUGAGCUCAGCCCUGCAUUUGCCCCACUUGAACAAGUGCUGGCCCAGUCAGGCCUCGGCAGUCUCCUGCACUAAUGAGCUUUGAUAUAAAUAAAGCUUUAAUUAAUAUCAUAGAAUCGUUAGGGUUGGAAGGGACCUUAAAGAUCAUCUGGUUCCAACCCCCUGUGCCAUGGGCAGGGACAUCCCACUGGAUCAGGUUGCCCAAGGCCCAUCUGACCUGGCCUUGAACCUCUCCAGGGAUGGGGCAGCCACAGCUUCCCUGGGCAACAUGGGCCAGUGUCUCAUCCCCCUCAUGGUGAAGAAAUUCUUCCUAAUUAGCUGUGUCUACUGUUAAAGGCCUUGUCUAAUUAAUUGUUGGGGAGGUCCCAGACUCCUGAUUGGGAAGGCAGGACCAGCACAUGCUCCUUGGGAUGACCACAGGACAACCUCAAGCUCCACUUCCCUCCUUUCCCCAAAACACAAAUACUCACUUCCCUGAAGAUUUUAUUCCCUCUCCCCCUGUAAAGCAGCUCUAAUUUAUUUUUCCUGUACAGACAGACAAAGCGUCAAAUUAUUUAUUCACUCCAGGCUCCGCAGCGGCGAACGCUG